AUGGCCGCGCAAACCCUGGCCGAUCGUUAUGUGAUGACGAAGAAGCUUGGCGAUGGCACAUUCGGAGAAGUGCUGUUGGCGAAAAAGAUUGACACCGGCGACAAAGUGGCCAUAAAAAGGAUGAAGAAAAAGUUCUAUUCCUGGGAAGAGGCGAUGGCGUUGCGGGAGGUGAAGUCGCUCAAGAAGCUGAACCACCCAAAUAUUAUUAAGCUGCGCGAGGUUAUCCGAGAGAGCGACAUCCUGUACUUUGUAUUCGAGUUCAUGCAGGAAAACUUGUACGAAUUGAUGAAAGACAGAGAUCGAUAUUUCCCCGAAAGCGUCAUCCGCAACAUCAUCUACCAAGUCCUGCAGGGGCUGCAGUAUAUGCACAAAAACGGGUUUUUUCAUCGUGACAUGAAACCGGAGAAUAUAAUGUGCAACGGGACCGAGCUGGUCAAGAUCGCCGAUUUUGGGCUGGCUCGAGAGGUUCGAUCAAAGCCGCCGUAUACAGAUUAUGUAUCCACCAGAUGGUAUCGAGCCCCGGAAAUCCUGCUCCGGUCCACGGCCUAUAAUUCGCCGAUUGAUAUCUGGGCACUGGGCUGCAUCAUGGCCGAGCUGUACAUGCUGCGCCCACUUUUCCCGGGCACCAGCGAGCUCGAUCAGCUGUUUAAGAUUAUCACGAUUUUGGGAUCGCCAACAAAGGACGAAUGGGCCGAGGGCUACCAGCUGGCGGCGGCGAUGAAUUUCCGCUUCCAGAACACGCCCGCCACGCCGAUGGAGCAGAUCGUGAACACGAUUGGCAAGGACGGGAUGAAGUUGAUGAUGGAUAUGAUGAUCUGGAAUCCAGAGAAGAGACCCUCGGCGACACAGUGUCUGCGCAGCCGCUACUUCCAAGUCAACGAGAAGCUCGGCGCGCCGGUGAUGAGCCAACCCGCGCCGGGCGCCGCGCGCAAAAACAGCGCCGGCUCUACGCAGAGCGACUCGAAGGUCACGAUGAAUAAGACGUCAAAUCUGGAGAACAUCUCGCCUCAAGGGAGACCACCUCUCGAGGGCCGCCAUAUCAACCGGAAUCUACCCCUGAAUAAAACGCAGCUUUUCGAAAAACUCGACGACACGAUGCGCUCCGACAAAUCAACAAAAACGAACGGUAGCGGCAAGAAGCCGCCCGCCAAGGAUUUCUACCUGGCCAAAAGCCGAUUCGUCCCCGUUAGCUGGCAGCCUGUGCGCAAGAAGGCCGCCAGCACCGCACGCGACGCGUCCGCGCCGCCCGCGGUGAGGUACACGAAUGCCGUGGGGGACGUGCCGGGGACGGCGCCCUCGCAGAUGCGGCUCUUGCUCCCGGGACCGUCGGUGGAUGAGAUUGAACAGGCGCUGGAUGAGGCUGAGCGUCUCAGCCGCGCGCCAACUUCCAUUGGGACCCCAAUUCCAGGCGCCAUCUCCGACGGUUCGAUCGGCAACAACACGGGCAAGUUCGACGUGAAGCCAAAGCCGGGGCUCGACCCGAAACAGGCCGUGCAGGCACGCUUCGAAUAUGCAUACGGUUACCGCCCCAAUUUCGGGGCCCGCACCCUAAACAACAACAACACUGCCGUAGUCAGCCAGACGGCCGCCAAGGAGGGCGCCAACGGGUCGGCCGGCAAGGGAGGGCGCAUCGACUGGGCGGCAAAAUACGCCCGAAAU